AUGGCGGAUCCCUGGUCGCUGAAAGAAGAACCUCUUUCGCCGCAUCAGGCUGCCUCCCACUUGCAUUUAUACUUUUCGAAGGGGAACCACAAUGGAAAUCUCCAAGAUGCUCUCCCUCGCCCAGCUUAUAGAUUCUCCACCGCGACGCAGACGAAGGCACUACAACUACUAGCAGCCUUUGCUGCAAUCUCAGCUGUGGCAUUCCUUGCCUAUAUUUGCAGCACGUAUAUUAGAAGAAGAAAACCCUCUCACUCAAUCGGGCGCAAACUGGCUGCCGGCGAGGACGGCGAAAAAAACGACAAGCCAGAAUCGUGCAACCCAGCACCUGAAGAUCCUUACUCAACAGUGAAUCCAGGUUCACAUGCGUCUUCUCCCGCCGAGCCCGAGCAAACCGAGUUGGCUACGCCCCCGUCGGCGCCAAGAACCGAUCCGGCUUCCACCGCACAGAUUCCGGCUGCAGCGAUACCACAGCUAGGCACAGGUGGAGAACAGAGGGGUGUUAAGAGAAAGGAAAGGGCUGAUGCCAGUAAGGAUAGCGGGACGAAGGUGCCCAGGUUGGAUACAUCGAGGCCGGUGACUCUGCUGGAGCUGCUAGCAGCGCCCAGAGGUGCAGCUGCUGGUCCCCCUACUAGUCUUCCUACGCGUAAGAGCGAAGAAACUCCCCCGGAGGCUGGCGGUCCUUCACCGGAUGAUUGGCUAUCAUCACCGAGUGAUGACGAAGACAAAGAAGCGGAGCAGCAGCAGCAUGUGGGGGAACGGAGAUGGCAGCCUUCUGCUUCACCAAGUACAAGCAGAUACGGUAGGGCACAAUUUGAGGUGACAGGAAGAGGCCAGGUCCCGUUUCCUGAUGAAGGUGAAGAAGAACCGCUUGAUUUAAGUCUCCCUUCCAGCCGCCGAAGAGCAGAAAGCGCUUUUUAUGAAGCGUCAUUUCAGCGUCCAGCCGAAGCAUGGUUUCCAGCACAUGUACCUGGGCCUUCCGGGGCUCCUGCGUACGCAGCGGCAGAAGGCGAGCCACAUCCGUCUAGCCUUCGAAGUUUGUUAGAGCCAGCGCCAGCGCCCACGAUAGCCGAAGAGGGCAUGCUUUUCAAUUUGCUGCAGAUGGGCAUGCUAGCUGAACGGGCGGAAGCCGCAGUUGACGAACUCACGAAUUCAUUUGAAUGGCUCAGGGAUAUGUUGAAGGGUGUUUCUGAUGAAAUGCUUCAAGCCCACCCAUUUUUCCGUUACCCUAAGACUGAUCUAGGGAUCAUCAGUAGGAUUUUCGACGAAAGAAGAGCACGUUUAUUUCGUCCGUUUCAUCAAAAAGUUGUCUCGAUGCUUUCGAUGAACAGGGAAAUGUUCAAGAUGCAGCGUCUGAGCGCGACAGAGGGUAACAUCCUAAUGGACAAUAUGGAGCGCCUAUGCGGGUAUGCAACGGGCAUCAUGCCGACCAGUGCCACGGCGAAAUCUGCCGUUGAACGUUUGGGAAGGGCGUUUUUUAUUAUCGAUUCGCUAUACUGUUCAGCAGAAGUGCUUGGACGGAGCGCCAGGAAACAUGUGUGGUGGCCGUGGAUAGCCAACCAUAUAAAACGUCUAGUGCAUUGCCCGCAACAGAGGAAAUCAGGUGACGGAGGGAACACGUGGUGUUUUCCCAUCGUAAAGGGGCUUAAUGCUGCGCUGGACUACUACAGGAGAGGGAGAAGACCUCCCGCGCGUCUGGUGGUCACCUUAAAAUUGGCACUUGUAACAGCACCCAAGGCGACGGAGUUCAGAGACAGAAAGUGGGACCCUUGGAGAAAAGACGCUAAAGAUUGGCAUUUCGCCAACUUGCAGAGCCCAGAAAAGAGCGAUGAGUCAGAUAAAGAGUGA